AUGGCCACUGCGAACGCUCCCAACCCCCGCGCGUCUCUCCUCGCCGGUCUCCGCACGGGAGGUGUGCGCUCUGCCUCGGCGAACGUACCCCAAACUGCCGCUCCUGGCGCUUCCUCCUUCAACAUACCCCGCAUUGUAACACCUCAGAACGAGGGCAUCUACAGCCAGGAGGAAGAAGACGAGCUCUCUAACAUGAUGGCACAGAACAUGUACAUCAGGAACAACGCCGCCCGCAUUCACCAGCACCCCAUGACCGCUGCUGUGGACGGCGCCGCCAACCGGUUUGCUCAGCAGCAACACACGGGAAUGAUGAGCCCCGGGAUGAAUUACCCUAUGACCCCGGGCGGGGCCCAAACCCAGUUGCAGGCUCUGCAGUUGCAAAUGAUGCAGAUGGAGAUUGCUCGAUUGCAGGCGAGUCGUUGCCCUCCAUCAACGAUUAUAUCCGGUAAACCUGACUGCCCAGGCUCAGGCGCAACGCCAGCGUCAAGCACAGCAGCCUAUGAGGCGCACAGCGUCGGCGUUCGUUCCACCGGCCACUGCCGGCCCCGCCCAGGUUCCUUCAACCUGCACGCCGGUGGUAUGGACCCGCAGAUGCGCCGUACCAGCCAAGCAGACCAGCUUCGUUCCCGACUUGGCGUAGGCUCCGACGACCAAGUACCCAUGACGGCUGCUUUAGGAGGCAAGUUCGGCAGUCGCGUCGUGUCCGGGCGGUACGACUCCGAGGAGGACGACUUCUCCAGCGCCAAGCUUCCUACCACCCCCAACUUCACCACUGUCAUUAGCGGUGGUACACCCCUUGGCACGCCCACUCCCGGUACUCUCAACACGGCGAUCCCCUCAAAGUCGGAUGCCGCGGUCUCCUGGCGUCGUAACGGUGCCAACAACUCGGUUCUGGGUGGUAACCGUGCGGCCUCUUCGCCGACGGUCAGGAUUACCCCUCCCCUGUUGAAGCUGCCAUUCCCUGGCACUGUGGUCAUUGACACCUCCGACAGUGCUGACGCCGAUGAUUCUUCGUCUGCGUCGUCCAAGUCUAACUCCUCCCCGAGUACCCCCCACUCGGCCUCCUCUGCCGACGUUCCUCCCCUUUCCCCUCGUGAGGAUGCUGUCAAGAAGCUCUACGAGGGUCUCGGCAUUGGCCGUCCCAUCCCCACCAUUACCGUUGCUGAGCCGCAGGACACGCCGAUAAUGGCACCAAAAGUGGUAUGCAUCCCCCUGCGGCAGCCGCGCGGUCCCCCGUCGAACAACGACGAGCUCAAGCCCAAGAACUUCGCUACCCGGAGCAGACGCAAGGCCCUCGGCGCCCUCAUGGACGCCCGCGAGCGACGCGAGCUGGUUGAAGCCUUCUGA